UACAUCUAAAAAUUACAUGUAUUACCAUCCAAGGCCAAAGCUCAAAGCCCUAUAUAAAGAGAUUCUUCCUGCCCAUUCUCAAAACAGUCUUCUUCAACCGUAAAACAAACACAGAGAGACCAAAAUAUCCAAACCCGACUUGUUGAAACUCGAUUCAAACAAACCCAUUUUCAUUCUUAGAACAAGCAUGAAGAGAGUCAGAGGUUUCAAAAUUGGACAUAGAUCUGUCAAGAUAUUCAAAUGGAUCCGAUCAAGAAGAAUUCGAACAAUGAAACGUCAGUACCGGUCACGAAUUACAAACCCGAUCGCCGGAAUACGGUCAUUAGCACGGUGUCUAAGCCAUGGAGCCAAGAGACUGUGCGGUGGCAAGAAUGAUUUGGGUCAGGGUCAGAUCCGACUGGGUAAGGAUCCAAAAACGGCUGUUCCGAAGGGACACUUGGUGGUUCACUUCGGCGAAUCAGACGGCGACACGCGGCGCGUUGUAGUGCCGGUGAUCUAUUUCAAUCACCCAUUGUUCGGAGAAUUGUUGGAGCAAGCGGAGCGGGUUCAUGGGUUCGAUCAACCUGGUCGGAUCACGAUUCCUUGUCGGGUUUCUGAUUUUGAGAAAGUUCAGACGAGGAUCGCCGCAUGGGAUCAUUGCCGCAGGAAGAGAACUUACAAGAUUCUCUAGUUUGUCACAUUUCUAGUUUUUUUUUAAAUAGUCAAAAAUCAGAAAAAGAGAAUAAAGAAAAUACAGGAAAUUUGUUAAUAUUUUUAGUUUCUUCUUCUUCUUGUAUUAUACAUUUAUACACGGCAUGCCGAUACAUAAUUGAAAGAUUGUGUUUAUUUUUA